AGACAUAGCAGACACACACCUAACGCUACCACGGGGUGACCGCCCAUGUCAGCGACGCAGGCACACCGUGGUGUCUCCCCCCGUCGGUGGCUGCUGUUGCUGUGUGUCCCCCGAGUGUGUGUGUGCCAUUGAGUACGCGUGUGUGUACCUGAUCAUCUUGGUCCGAACUGUUUAGACCCCCGUGGAUCGCCCCCGCCGUGGUCUCUAAAUGUCCAUAUGAGGCUAUGCCUAGCUUGGCAUCACUCAAAACUCACUCAUCUACGAGGAUUUUCCGAUUUUCACGAUGUUCUUCGACUUUCUCUACUAUUAUUACUGCAGUGUUACUGUCCAGCAGUGUAUUGUAUGAGGUGAUCGCCCAGGAGAUUCUGCCGAAGUCUGCGAUUGUCGGCACACGCGGGCAUAAUCUUCCCUACAACGUCUUGGUGAUAUUACCGGCUAAGGAAUCGGGUGAUGACAAUUACGGCCUCACCAUCGAAAAGGCCAGGCCAGUCAUAGACAUAGCCGUGCAGGAUGUGGUCCAGUCAGGCCGGAUGCCGCCUGGAUGGAUAAAUCUGACCUAUUGGGACGACCGGUACUGGGAAGAUCCCGCUCUAGCCGAACGCUAUGCGACUGUCGGAAUGGUCCAAGCUUACUGUGAACAUCGCCUCGAUGCCGUACUUGGCUUCUCCGACAGCUAUGGCCUGGCCACCGUCACAAAAGUCUCGGCAGGCUUGAAUGGGGGAGUUCCUGUGCUUACCACGGCCGGUAUGCCUUCAGCGCUGAGUGCAAAGAAAUCCUACCCAUUCCUGACUCGUAUGCAAGGUUCCUAUCGUCAAAUGGCUGUAGCUAUGUACCAACUGAUUGCCUAUCAAGAUUCGAGCGAUGGACCCACAAACUCGUCUACUCACAGCCUGAAUUAUUUGAAAAUGUUGUUUCUCUAUCAUGAUAAGAAGCGUGCCGUGAACAAAUCGCCAAAAGAUCUGGAAAACACAGAAGCCGGUUCAUCUCACUGUUAUUUUUCGCUCUAUGCUAUCAAAAACUACUUCACGGAAAAAAGUGCGACUUUCAAGCGGGAAUGGCAGAUAAAUACGCCGCAGUUUCCGUUCGAUGAGGAAGGUCCACGUACUCGCGAAACUAUUAAACAAUGGCUGCGAAAAGUUUCGAUGGAAACAAAUGUGAUCAUACUAUGUGCUUCACCGGAUACGGUACGAGAAAUCAUGCUUGCUGCGCACGAACUUGGUAUGGCGACAUCGGGUGACUAUGUGUUCAUCAACAUCGAUGUCUCUACGGGGUCUCAUGCCGAAAAACCAUGGGUUAGAGCAAAUGAAACAAAUCAGGAAGAAAACGAGAAAGCAAAAGAGGCAUAUCGGGCGCUAAAAACGAUAUCACUGCGGAGAAGCGAUUUGGAGGAGUACAAGAACUUCGAAACACGGGUGAAAAUUAGAGCCGAAGAAAAAUAUGACUACUCACGGAUAACAGGAAAAGAGUAUGAAAUGAACAACUUUAUAAGUGCCUUCUACGAUGCGGUGCUAUUAUAUGCAAUAGCGCUGAAUGAGACGAUCACAGCUGGCAUGGAUCCAAGGAAUGGUCAUAACAUCACUAGCAAAAUGUGGGGACGAACAUUCGAUGGCAUCACGGGUAAUGUUUCAAUAGAUUCAAAUGGCGAUCGAUAUUCGGAUUAUUCCCUACUUGAUUUGGAUCCAGCCGUGGAUAAAUUUGUGGAAGUUGCAUACUACUCUGGAGCGUCAAAUGAGCUGAAGAAAGUGACCGAUUUCCAUUGGAUUGGUGGCAAGCCACCAGCAGAUUCACCAAUCUGUGGUUAUGAUAACAGCAAAUGCCCCAAGGGAUAUCCUCUGCAUGUAUAUCUUUUGGCUGCAUCUGCUGGUCUUAUACUCUUGUUGACGCUGCUGUUUGUGUUCUUCUGGCGGCGAUACAAGCUCGAACAAGAACUAGCCGCAAUGUCAUGGAAAAUCCGAUGGGAAGAGCUCGAUGGCGAAGAAUCACAAAAGAAAGAGAAGAAAAAGACGAAGAAAAAGCGUUCGGGUGGUUACUAUCCCGAAUCGGAUCCACUUCUUCGUUCCAGCUCCCGUGGCAGUGUGAGUAGUGAUAAGCGAUCGUCUAGUUCUGGUGCAACGAGGAAAAUCUCGGCAAUGAUCGAUCGGAAGUUCAGCAUCUUUACGAGAAAGAAAAGCUCACCAAAUCAAGAUAAAAAUGGUGGAAUCAUGGGAAAUCAUGCUCUGAAAGAAGUUGAGUCUGGUGAAUGUUCGCCCAUGAACGAAGUGCAAUUCCGACUGCCCAACGACCGAAGGAUUUCGUCACCAUCCGGGGAUUCUGAUUACAAGAAGAAGAGCAGUAACGAAGAGGAUUUCGAUGCGGCAGCAAAGAAAAGCCUUAGUCUACGGAAUCGAAAGCUUUCGCUGUUCGGAUCAAUCAAGAGCGGUGGAUCCGGAGAAACGAUAGCUCAGAAUAACGGGCAAAUCUACACCAAAACGGCUUUCUAUAAGGGUAUCAUGGUAGCGAUCAAGAAGCUGAAUAUCGAUCAGAAAAAAUAUCCCAAAGUGGACUUGUCGAGAGCGCAGUUAAUGGAAUUGAAGAAGAUGAAAGAUCUUCAGCAUGAUCACAUCACAAGAUUCACUGGUGCAUGCCUCGACGCACCAAAUUGGUGUAUAGUAACCGAGUACUGUCCAAAAGGAUCGCUUGAAGACAUUCUAGAGAACGAUCAGAUCAAGCUCGAUAACAUGAUGAAGUACUCGUUGCUGCACGAUUUGGUCAAGGGCUUGUACUUCCUUCACAACAGCGAGAUUCGAUCUCAUGGUCGCUUGAAAUCAUCAAAUUGUGUUGUCGAUAGCCGAUUUGUGUUGAAGGUAACCGACUUUGGUCUACAUGGCCUGCAUGCAAUGGAGGAGAACAAGAUGGAUGACAUUGGCGAACAUGCGUUUUAUAAAAAGCAACUAUGGACAGCGCCAGAGUUGUUACGAAACCCCAAUCCACCGCCAAUGGGUACUCAAAAGGGCGAUAUUUAUUCAUUCGCCAUUAUUCUUCACGAAGUUCUCUGGCGAAAAGGAGCAUUUCCGUGCAAGAAUGAGAAUUUAUCGCCUUAUGAGAUAAUACAACGGGUAAAGAAACCGGUAGCAAAUCCUGACGACGUCUUUCGACCGUAUGUUCCGGAUAUUCUUGAUGCCGACGAUGAAAUCAACCAGAGUCUUCUCGAAUUGAUGCGUUGUUCAUGGGCCGAAGAUCCGCAUGAUCGACCAGAUAUCUCAAUGAUACGGAAAGCUGUGCGCAUGUUGAACAAAGACAACGAAACAUCAAAUCUUGUUGAUAACUUGUUAAAGCGUCUCGAGUUAUACGCGAAAAAUCUCGAAGGCCUCGUCGAGGAACGAACUCGAGAGUACUUGGCAGAGAAGCAAAAAGUCGAAGAUCUCCUUCAUCAGCUGUUACCGCCAUCGAUUGCUGAUCAGCUGAUCUCUGGUAGAGCGGUGCAAGCCGAAUCGUACGAUUCGGUAACCAUCUACUUUUCCGACAUUGUCGGCUUUACCGCCCUUUCUUCUCAAUCAACACCACUGCAGGUUGUCACACUUCUCAACGAUUUAUAUCUAGCUUUCGAUGGUGUAGUUGAUAAUUUCAAAGUGUACAAAGUUGAGACGAUAGGUGACGCUUACAUGGUAGUUUCUGGUCUUCCCGAACGGCGGGAAGAUCACGCCUCACAAAUCGCCCAGAUGAGUUUGGCGUUGUUACACAAAGUGAAAAACUUUGUGAUACGACAUCGACCGAACGAUCAACUGAAACUUCGAAUCGGUAUGCAUUCGGGAUCAGUUGUCGCUGGUGUCGUCGGCUCAAAAAUGCCACGAUACUGCUUGUUCGGCGAUACAGUCAACACGUCAAGUCGAAUGGAAAGUAACGGAUUACCGUUGCGAAUCCAUGUCUCAUCGGUGACGAAAGAGAUUCUAAGCAAGGAUACGGGUUUCCGAUUAGAACUUCGAGGUGAAGUCGAAAUGAAAGGCAAAGGUCGGCUGACAACGUAUUGGCUGAAAGGCUAUAAAGACGUGUCUCUAACAAUGUCCGUUGUCUCGAAUAACUGCGCUUGUAGUGCCUCAGACUCAGCAGAUGCAGUAACAGCUGAUGCAGUGUGUGAUAUAUCACUUGAGAUUUUCUAUAUACAACUUUCUAUCUUGAAUCGCAAAGUGAAGCGUGACCGCUCUAAUUCUGAAUACGUUCGCAAUGCGAGCGGCAGGCAAUAA